UCCGGGGGAUUGUGCAGAAAACAGAUCAGGCAAGCGCAGCUACGAAGAGGAGCUCGCCUGAAUAAACAACAGCCCAAGCGAGGCAGGAAUGACUGCUUUAUCGAGGGCCCAAAUGGCAAAAGGAAAGGUUUUCCGCCUUUCUCGAAACCUUAAAUGAAUCCCGGCCUCAGUUGAUAGCCGGGGACUGGGCGGUUGAAGGAGAAAAAAGGCGAAUUUAACUAGAUCUCCCCCAGUUACAGUAUCGGGGCCUUUGGGGCUGUUGUUGGGUUUGUGUUAUCACUUUCACAACCAGGCGCUGCUGACGUCCGAGGGUUUCUCUACGCUAUUUUAUUUUCAGUGGGCUGCCCUCAUUUUCAGGUCCUCGCUGAAGGUUUUCGUCAGAAACGGAAUCCGUUGGAGAGCAGUGUCGAGUUUGGGGCCUGUUGGCGUGAAAGGUCUGAGGGGAUCGCCGGUCCAAGAUGGACCCCUGAGUGCUGUGGCCUCCCAAGUCCUUCCUGCUGCAGCCGCCAUGAAGAGUGAGGUACCGUCUGAUGCUUCCCGGAGACACGAGCACCUGAAGGGGGCGCUGGCCAACCCCGAGCCCAUGGAGGCAGAAAAGAGCUUCCCGGCCGACGUGGAGAUGAUCAGCAGCAAGGUGGGGAGCGAGUUCGCGCCCCUGUGCGCCGAGAGCCGCCACCGGCCGCUGCGGGAGGUGAGCGGGGGCCGCCGGGAGCAGGAGAAGGGCAUUCCGGGGAGGAAGAAGCGCAAGAGCCAGCAGGCCGGCCCCUCGGACACGCAGGCCUGCGCCCUGAAGGAGGUGCGGACCCCAGCUUUCCCCUCCCCGCGGCACAGGCGCGGCCUGGAGGGGCAGAGCGAAGAGGACAACAACAACGAGUCGUCCUUCAGCGACUGCGCCUCCUCCCCCUCCUCCAGCCUGCGCUUCGGGGACAAAAACUUAGCAGCAGAAUCUAAAUGGGGCUUAGCAAGGCGGGGAGCAAACCCGACAAACCACGCCGAUCGACUGAGUGCUGUAGCUGCGCGCUUACCUGCCACUUCCUUUACCGGACUGUCGGAGCCUGUGUACAGCUAUCACAGCUCGUCACGUGCUUUUCAAAGCUUAACCAGCUUCACAGCAGCUGAUCGAGCCCUGGACGAGGAUGUGGUGGUCAUCGAGGCCACCCCCGCCCCGCCAGUCCCCGCCAGCGAGGAGAUCAACGUCACCUCCACGGACAGCGAGGUGGAGAUCGUGACCGUGGGAGACAGCUGCAGGUCUCGCUCGGCUGGGGGCCACUCGCGCUCGCACUGGGGCCCCGUCUGCAGCUCGCAAAGCCGCGCGCAGGACCAGCGCAACCGCCACCGCCUGUCCACCGUCAUCCAGCCGCUGAGGCAGAGCGCCGCCGAGGUGGUGGACCUGACGAAGGACGAAGACGAUCUCACAGUAGUGCCAACAACGUCUGACAGCGGGCACCCCCAGCCUGUCAGCUCCUCUUCCAAUAAUGCCUCUACCUCAGAGCAGCCCCUGGACAAUGCUGCCCCUGGCCCCUCCACCAGCAGCCAUGCCUCUGCGUCCGAGACCAUGCUGGGAGGGCCUGCACACAGCAGCACAGCUGGCCCAGCGGCAGGGGAUGACACUAGAAGAGGCUCGGCCACCCUGGCAGGGGAGGGUGCAGGACCGGCGAUGCCCAGGCUGCCAUCUUGCUGCCCUCAGCACUCUCCUUGUAGUGGGCCCUCACAGGGGCACCUCCCACUGAGCCACAGCCACUCCAGCUGCAUGCAGGCCCAGGCCCAGCCAGCCUCGCAGCACGGCCACUCACACCACUUCCAGCACCACCACCACCACCAUCACCACGCGCCCCCGCCCCCCCUGCCUUUCCCGGAGUCCAGCUGCCCCCUGGAGAGGCCCACCGCCAUGCCCGCGCCCUGCGGGGCUGUUAAUGCCUCAGGCAGCCAGUACCAUGACCAGCAGACCCUGCCCGUGGACUUGAGCAGCAGUGGGGUGAGGAGUCACGGCGGCAGCAGCUUCCACGGGACCUCGGCCUUUGACCCCUGCUGCCCGGGAUCCUCCUCUCGGCCGGCGGUGUACGGCUCCCAGGCGGCGGCCGGGCCCAGCCAGCCGGUCUCCGUGGACAGCUAUGGCUCUGGAAUGGUGGCCCAGCCCCAGCCGCAGCCCCAGCUGUCCUCCUGCAGACAUUACCUGCACCCCUCGUAUGGCCCCCUGGCACGGUCGAUUCAUCACCAGACGUCUGCCUCGUGCCCCCACUCUCACGGGAACCCCCCUCCCCCGCCGCAGCCCCCUCCGCAGCCCGACUACGUCAUCCCGCACCCCGUACACCCCUUCCACCCGCCGCUCCCCUCCCACGCGCCGGGUCACGGAGUGGCCCCCGCCCCGCCACCCAGCCUGCCCUCCCACCACCUGCCCAGCUCCGCCGCGCCGCUGCCCCAGCACCUGCCCCCGGAGCACCAGUCCCUGUCGCACCACAUCUCCACGCUGGGGCCCUCCGUCCAGAGGCUGCACCCGCAGCACGAGAUGCUGCAGAGGUUGGAAGCCCAGCGGCGGAGGAUGAUGCAGCACCCGACGCGAGCACACGAGCGUCCGCCUCCUCACCCCCACAGAAUGCACCCCAACUACGGGCACGGACACCACAUCCACGUUCCACAGACGAUGUCCACGCACCCGCGGCAGCCAGACCAGAGGGCUGCGUGGGAGCUGGGAAUUGAAGCAGGAGUGACGGUAGCCCCGUACCCCCCAGGACAUUUGCACCCACACUUGCCUCACUAUCACCCUCCUCCCAGGCUCCACCAUUUCCCUAUUGUUCCUUUCAUGCACACCGGCAUGUCUGAAGUGACCUAUCCACACAUUCGGUAUAUUUCUUCCAGAAUGACAGGAUUUGGACGAACAUAUGAAGACUUGCUGCAUUUAGAAGAGCGGUUAGGAAACGUCAAUCGGGGCGCCUCCCAGGGGACAAUUGAGAGGUGCACUUACCCACAUAAAUACAAAAAGAGAAAGCUGCACGGUAAACAUGACGACGACGAGGGAGCUGAAGAGGACACCGAAGAGAAAUGUACCAUCUGUCUUUCUAUACUGGAGGAAGGAGAAGACGUCAGACGUCUUCCCUGUAUGCAUCUUUUCCACCAACUGUGUGUUGACCAGUGGCUCACCACUAACAAGAAAUGUCCAAUCUGCAGAGUGGAUAUAGAGGCCCAGCUGUCUGCUGAAAGUUGAUGCUGUUUUUCAAUUACUUUUUAUUUUAUCUUUUUUAUUUUGUUUUUCUUCAGUACUGCAGUCAACCAAAGAUGGCAUGAAUUACCUGCGUGGGUUCAAAUACAAAACAGCAUUGAAACCUAGAGUGCCAGCUAUGUCCCAUAGUACAGAUACUGCUAAAAAUACAUCUUCAGUAUAGAUUUUAAAUUUUAUUGUAUUUAUGAAGCUUUUUUUGUAGCUUUCAAUUGUUUUCUUCAGUGUCAUUUUAUUUUUGCAUGGUUCCUUGUAAUGCAUUUCUUUGCACAUGUAAUGAAAUGGGCUUCACACCCUAAAGACUUGCAGGCAAGAAUAGCUGCUCUAGUAAAGUAGCAUUUAAUUUGAUUUUGUUUUGUUUUUUUACACAAUGCCUUGCUUUACUGGAAUAGAAUGUCAUUCUCCAUUACUAACAUUGCAGGAUUAAUUUAACUGAUCAUGAUAUAAUUAGUUUAUGUAUAGAAAUUGUGAACAGCUAGUAAAGGAAAAAAUGUAAAGCAAAACAUUCCUUAAUUAGGGAAAAACAAACAGCUGCUGUAUAAAAGUCUGUGUACAACAUCAUGCGGUGUCCAUCUAGUGGGAACAAUCUGAAAAUGCGUCACUUAUAAUUAGGAAAUGCAUACAGAAGCCUUUUCCUUUCUUCGCUCACCUUUCAAUGUUCACCUUCUGCACUUCCUUAUUGCAUUGGAGAAAAAUGAAUGUCACUGUAUUUUGACUGUUUUUUUCACAGUUAGACCUUUUAAGGCACGUCGUAAACAGUUUUACACACAGUGAAGUGCCCUGUUGAGUGGCGAGGUUGGCCAUUGCCAGCAGAUUGUACACUUCUGUUUGUAUUCACAAGUCUGAAUGGACGGACCUUGGGAAUUGGCGUUUUGACUUCAAAUGUGAAAGGGGUCUGUUGAGCCAGUUUUCCACAGACUGGUGAUAAAUUGUUAAAUGGAACCCUAGUUUGGCCUGUCUCAUUCAUCUGUCUGUCUGUGUUGGGGGCGGGGGGGGUGGACAAACUGAGCGACACAGCUCCAUGGAACGCAGCAGGCCAACAGAGAUUGUAUUUUUUUAACUGGGUUAUUGUUGAUUUUUACUUCAUCUCUGUAACAUUGCAACAAAUUCCUUUGCUGCCAUGAAGAACUUAACACUAAUGGUUUUCCUCAACUAGCUAAAUUGCAUAUACUUGCACAUCAAUGGUGAAAGACAUAAGACAGGAGUCCUGUGAAAGCAAAGUGUCUAGGUAAUGUAUUUCCGCUCUGAUUGCUGAAUUUUGAAAAUUGUAACAUUUUGAAUGGAGUGUUGGAAUGCAGUACUAAUGGCAGGUAUCCAUGCAUUCAUAGACUAUAAUGGCCCUAGGAAGCAUUUCCGAGGGAUUUAUAUUAGUUUUAAAAAAAUAAAGUUAGGUAACUCUUUCCCCUCUUGUCUUUGUGUCUCUUCAACAAUGUUUUGUUCAGUAUUUUAUACAUAUUCUGAAACCAUACAAUCUGAACAACAGGGGAGUCGCACACUGUAUUGUACAGGCGCUUGGGCCUUGAAACAUGCUGGCUUACAGUCUUUCAGUAGUUUCAAUGAUGUAUGUUUUGUGGGCAAAUCUAACAUGAAUACAAUAAAUGGUUAUUUCAGAUGAAACUGUAAUUGAGGAAAAAGGUUUUGCAGUUCUAAUGUUUUUAAAUGUUUCCAUUAUGCUAAUGUGGAGUAAAUGGAGUAUAGAAACCUUUUUGAAUUAUCUACACCAUUUCAUUUUUUGAAGAAAUUUGCUCAAUCUGGAUUACACCUAUUUAUAUAAUUUCCAACAGUGCUAAUAUGAUAUAUAAUGGUUAUAUACUUAUAGGUUUUUUGUGGUUUUAUGUCCCUUGCCUACUUAUUGAAGGUUAAAUUCAGUGUUUUCAAGUGGUUCUAAUAAGCCCUUGUUUUGCAGAUUAUCUGUGCUUUGUGUAAUAAAGAACUAGGUGGAAAAGGAAACAAGAUGCAAAUCAUAUUGUUCUCCCACAUUUUGUUAGAGAAUAUGUUAAUCAAAAGCUACUGAAGAUACAAAUUUGGAAUAUGAGGCUAUCCUAUAUUGUAUCUUAUAUGCAUCCUAUACCAUGCAAAUACCUCAACUGAAGAGCUAAUGUACGAAGCACAAUGUCAUUAUUUAGUAUUUUGUACUGCUAAAGAGGUUCUUGAUUAUCUUAAAAUGGUAGAAAUGUGAAUGAAUGUACCAAUACUAAAGUAGGUGCAUAAGAGGUAUAGGUCUGUAUUGAUAAUUUUAUAGCACUUUUUUUACAGGUUAGUUUUUAAGUAGAAAACAAACUCAUUUUUCUAAAUUAAAAGUAAAAAAAAAACAUUUAAAUAUCUUGUAAGAGCUCUUACCAUCCUGAAAGAUUUGUAACUUUUAAUAUCUUCAGUAAAUUGCUUCAUUUAAUGACCAACCCUGGUACUUGAGAGCUACAGGAUGUUGGCACUUUCAUUUCAAGUGAUCUGUGAGCAUACUUAACUGAGCAAAUACAGUGCCCUCAAAAUCGUGAUCAAAAGGAAUUGUUCAGCCCCAAGUGCUUGGAAAUCAAGGAGUGCCUGUUCUGAAAAAACUUGUAUUCUGGCACUCCAGGACCAGGGUUGGCCACUUUAUAUAUAGUGGUUAGUGUAGCUGGAUCUAAAUUGUGGUUAUACAUGACCAAAUUAUGAACAAUGUGAGUUGCUAUGUUGCAGAAGAUAUGGUUGCUGUUGGAUCCAGCUAAAGAAACUAAACCAGUUUAAAUCGCACAGCCGAAGAAGGCUCCACAGCCGAAACAUUGUUCUGCUUUUCUUCUCUUUUAAACUGCAAGGGAACAAGUAGAAGAUUAUUCCAUGCUGAAAUUCUGGCCUUAAAGAACGGACCAGUGCUGCAAUGCUAUAGAAAAACUAAAUCUGGAGGAAACUAUUACCGGAAAGAAGAAGUAAAAUCAUGAGAGGGAGUAGUAAAAGUCAGACAGUGUAGGAUAAAAUAGGGAAAUGCAGAACUGAGGUUAGAGGACAUUGUUAAAAGAUUUUUUAAAUUCAGAGAAUAAUCCUAUGCUGCUGAACCAGAUUGUCCAGGAUGCUUCGAGCGAAAGCUAGAGGAGAUAGAGCCAAUAAGUAGUAACUAAACAAGCAUUACUACAAAGGAGGGAAUCCAUUCUCCCAUGUUUUUCUGCCAUUACAGAGGUCUUCUGUUCAAACUAUCCUAGAGCGUAAGAAGGUUCAAAGCAGAAGAAGGACUUUCAGCCCACCUACUCAUUUGGUAGUGAUCUGAGGAUCUUUUCUAGCCACUGCCUGAAGAAAGCCAGUUCAUGCAAUAUGGCUUGAUAACUUGUUGUGGACUCAAAGCUGUAAAAGUGUCUUGUUCUUCAUUUUAAAUGCACUUCUGUGUAUUUAAAACCUAAUACAUGUUUGCUCUGGUUUAUGAUUCCCUGGAGGUUCUGAAGCCCUGUGUUGAGUUAAUGACAUUCCCUACCUCUAAGGAUUAUAAAUGAGUCAGCUUUCCUCAGUCUUUUCUAUUAACAACAGCAUGUUAGUAACUCAUUGCUCCGAAUUUCACAGAUAAUACUGAGUCUGUGGCAUGCCCAGGAUUUGAUCCAGGAAUUUACCUGCUCACAAACUCUUGACCUUAGCAACUGGGUCGCUUUGCCCACACAUUAUACCUAAUAAUCUUCUAAGAAUUCCUAUAGAAUUAAGAAUUGGACAUAACUAGUAUGAAAAGUAACUAUAUAUACUUGGGCUAUAUUCAAAUACUUGUGUGAAACAACUGACCCUGUAUAAAAAGAGAAGAUGCACUUCUGAGGCCUGUGUUUGGGUCCUUAUUCUUAUACUCUUUCCUAAGCAUUUCUCUAAUCCAUUUGACACCUUUUUAUUUAUAUCGCCAACUAGUUGAUGAUAGUAUUGCUUCUGCAAUAGUGAUAAAUCUACACAUUUCCCCAUGAUACAGUUUAUAGGAAUGAGUUCACAUAAGAGGAGGUGGGGUAGUUAACAUACUUCACAGCAAAUUGUCAAAUUCUAGUUCUGCUUUAAUAAGAAAAGCCAAAUUCAUUGCCCCAUGUAUUUAAGGGACAAUAUGGAGAACGAUCUAUCCCUUUAAUUUUACACGCACUGAGAUUUAACUGGCCUGAAGCAAAGUUUUGACUCUUAAAGGCAGGUCAUUCUCAGGUGUUACAAUAAUUUAAAAGUGGUUGGGAACUGCAGCCAGACAGUGCCGUAAUGUGAAAAAAAACAUUAUCGUCCAUCCAUUUUUCACUGUAAUUGUUGUUGGUGUGAAACUUAAACAUGUAAUGUAUGCUUUUUCCAUCUGUUCGUUUGUAUGUCUUUUGCCAAUAAAUCCAACAUGUAUCACUCA